AUGAUUAUACAACAUCUUUUAUGGAUUUAUUGUCAAAUUAGAUUUGCACAAUAUCUACUUCAAUUUAUUGCAAAUACAAUUAUUCCAGAUCAUGAUGCACAUGUAUUUAAUCCACCUUUAUGGUCAUUAAAUAAUGGAACAAUUCUUGAUAUUUGUAUUGAUAAAUUUUUCUCAGGUUUACGUCGUUGGGAUGCAAUACAUUUUCUUCAUAUAGCUCGAUUUGGAUAUAUAUAUGAAAAUUCUUUAGCUUUUUUUCCAGGUUAUCCAUUAUUAUUUAUUCGUCCAUUAGGUUAUAUUUUAAAGCAAUUUUUAAAUGAAUCAAAUGCUUAUUUAUUAAGUUCAAUAUUAAUAAAUUUUUUUAUUGGAUUAUGCAAUACAUAUUUAAUAUUUCAAUUAGGAUUAAAAUAUAAUUUAAAAUUUUCUCAUGCAUAUUGGUCAUCAAUACUUUAUAUAAUUAAUCCAGCAACAAUAUUUUUUCUUGCACCAUAUUCAGAAACAUUAUUUUUAUUUAGUCAAUUAUUAGGACAUAAUUAUUUAAAACAAAAUAAAGUUUUUUAUUCAUGUCUUUGUUUUUCAUUAGGUUCAAUAAUACGUUCAAAUGGUAUUAUAUCAUUUGGUUUUAUUUUAUAUUAUUAUUUUAAAAAAAUUUAUCAAAAAAAACGACUAAUUUUUCCAAUACAUUAUUUUAUUUUAUGUAUUGUACCAUUUUUUUUCACACAAUAUUUUUUAUAUAAAGAAUAUUGUUAUGAAAAAAAUAUAAUUGAUGAAUUAAAAAUUUAUGGAUUUAAUAAUGAUAUAUCAAUGCCAUUAACAAAUUUUUCUUCUACAUGGUGUUUAAAACAAAUACCAUUAUCAUAUCAAUAUGUACAAAAAAAAUAUUGGAAUGUUGGUUUUUUAAAUUAUUGGACAUGGAAACAAAUACCAAAUUUUCUUUUAGCUUUACCAAUAUUUAUAAUAAUGGGAAAUUUUAUUAAAAAUUGGUUUCAAAUAAUAAAAAAAGAUUUAUGGAAAAAAAAAUUUCAAUAUCUUUUUUCAAAUGAAAAUCAAUCAAGAAUAAAUAUUUGGUUUGAAAAAAAUGAUUUUGUUCCACAUAUAAUUUAUAUGUUAUUUUUAAGUCUAUUUGCAUUAUUUUUUAUGCAUAUACAAGUAACAACACGUUUUCUUUUUUCAAGUGGACCAUUAUUAUAUUUUAUUUGUGCCGAUAGAAUCAAACAAUAUGAUACUAAUAAUAGAAAUCUUAUCAAGAUUUUUUAUUCAUUUCAAAAGAAAACAUUCCUUUUUUAUUAUUAUUUUAUUUAUGUCAUUAUUGGAAUCAGUCUUUUUUCGAAUUUUUUACCUUGGACAUAG